UGGCAGCCUCACAGCAGGGAAGCAAAUCUGCUUUUUUGUUUUGGGGUGAAUUUUGUUUCUGCUCCAUUUGGCCCUCGUUAAACCAGUUUUGAUUUGCCUCAAGGGAACCGUUACUGACUCAGAAAGGUCUGAGCGCUGCAGGAAAGCCUCCGGGCCGAGGCUGUUUGCUCAUAGCUCAGAUGAGCUCCCAGGGAUCACUGGCUGCUGGUGAAUACACAAAGGCUGCGGUGCAAAUGGCAGAGGAGCACUCGGACUUUGUGAUGGGGUUUAUCUGUGGCUCCAAGCUCACAGAGAGGCCAGAGUUCAUCCACAUGACCCCCGGGGUGCAGAUGCAGGCUGGAGGAGAUCUGCUGGGCCAGCAGUACACCACUCCAGAGGAAGUUGUCUACAACAAAGGCUCUGAUGUCAUCAUUGUGGGACGAGGCAUUUUGGCAGCCUCUGAUAGGGCGGAAGCUGCAGAGUUGUACAGAAAGUCGGGCUGGGACGCUUACAGACAGAGAGUGGGCCAGAGCAGCAUCUGAAUGUUUUUCUGUGAGUCUGUUGUGCUCAGUGCUGUCAGUGCUGCUGCAGGCUGAGGGUCACAGACACCAACAGACUCAAUAAACUGAUCCACAAGACCAGUAAUGUUGUGGGGAUGGAGCUGGACUCUGUUAGGUGGUGUCUGA